AAGGAAAACUAGCUGCUUCUACCUAUAAAUUUUGAAGAAAAAUCAGACCAUGCAAAAAAGAGAUGCUUGUAAAUGGAUACGAAGAUGGGUGGGCUAUCAAUCUCAAUCAUAGUUAUGGCUUUGCCAAUGGCUUUGCCAUUAAAUUCGGAAGCAUUUCCGAUAUUUGCACAGCAAAACUAUGAAAGUCCUCGAGAAGCGACUGGACGCAUUGUAUGUGCUAAUUGCCAUUUGGCAAAAAAACCGGUGGAUAUCGAAGUGCCACAAGCAGUUCUUCCCAAUACUGUUUUUGAAGCAGUAGUUAAGAUUCCGUAUGAUACCCAAAUUAAACAG